AUGGUAGUUACUGAGAAGGCUGAAGCUGAGAAGAUACUUCAGAUAAAGAAGGUUAAAUCAAAGUAUUUGUCCGGAGUGGUGAAUGUGCAUGGGACAACAACUAAAGAUGUAAUGGAUAUGGUUUUGGUUACUCAAUAUUUUGAUAUCGUUAAAGAAAUUAGGGCUUCAUCUAAAUCAUCUGUUGUGUUUAUACCUCAUGGCCCUGCUGAUGUUCGUGAUGUAACUCCUCAGAUUUGUGAUGGUCUUCUUCAGGGUAAUGUCACUCAUUGA